AUGGCAGAGACGAAAGAGCAGUUGAGUACAAGAAGAAGUAUUGAUGGAGGAAUUUUAUUGGUGGAUCCUAAGCCAAACAAAGGGAUUGCUUCUAAAUUCGUCGAUGUUGUCGAGAAGUUGAUAGUGAAGCUCAUGUACGAUUCUAAACAGACUCAUCACUACUUAACUGGGAAUUUCGCUCCAGUACUUGAAGAGACUCCUCCUUGUCAGAAUCUCCCUGUCAAAGGAUACCUCCCUGAAUGCUUGAAUGGAGAAUUUGUUAGGGUCGGUCCUAAUCCUAAGUUUAUGCCUGUCGCUGGAUAUCACUGGUUUGAUGGAGAUGGAAUGGUUCAUGGUAUGCGUAUUAAAGAUGGAAAAGCAACAUACGUUUCACGCUAUGUAAGGACUUCUCGUCUAAAACAGGAAGAGCAUUUUAAAGGAGCAAAAUUCAUGAAGAUUGGAGACCUUAAAGGACUGUUUGGUUUAUUUAUGGUUAACAUGCAAUUACUUCGAGCAAAAUUCAAAGUAUUGGAUGUUUCAUAUGGAACUGGAACAGGUAAUACUGCUCUAAUAUAUCACCACGGAAAACUAUUGGCCCUCUCAGAAGCAGAUAAACCCUAUGUGCUUAAAGUUUUGGAAGACGGAGAUCUGCAGACGCUUGGGAUGCUCGAUUACGACAAGAGAUUGGCACAUUCCUUUACCGCUCACCCAAAGGUCGACCCAUUUACUGGCGAGAUGUUUACCUUUGGGUACUCACACGCACCACCUUAUUGUACAUACCGAGUCAUAUCUAAGGAUGGUUUCAUGCAUGAUCCUGUACCAAUCACCAUAGCAGAUCCUGUCAUGAUGCAUGACUUUGCCAUCACAGAAAAUUAUGCAGUUUUUAUGGAUCUGCCUUUGUACUUCCGGCCAAAGGACAUGGUGAAGGAAAAGAAGCUAAUUUUCACAUUUGACGCAACAAAGAAAGCUCGGUUUGGUGUUCUUCCUCGAUAUGCAACGAAUGAGCUUCAUAUCAGAUGGUUCGAACUUCCAAACUGUUUCAUAUUCCACAAUGCCAAUGCUUGGGAGGAAGGUGAUGAAGUAGUUUUGAUCACUUGCCGCCUUCAGAAUCCAGAUUUGGAUAUGGUCAGUGGAACUGUGAAAGAGAAGCUUGAAAAUUUCACUAAUGAGCUGUACGAGAUGAGAUUCAACAUGGAAAGUGGUUUAGCUUCCCAGAAGAAACUGUCAGUAUCUGCUGUAGAUUUUCCACGGGUUAAUGAGAGUUACACUGGCAGGAAACAAAGAUACGUUUAUGGAACUAUACUGGACAGCAUUGCUAAAGUGACAGGAAUUAUCAAAUUUGAUCUCCAUGCUGAACCAGAUCUUGGGAAAAAAGAACUUGAGGUUGGAGGAAAUAUCAAAGGGAUCUUUGACUUGGGACCUGGAAGAUUUGGUUCAGAGGCUAUUUUUGUCCCCCGUGAGCCUGGUGUAACUUCUGAAGAAGAUGAUGGAUACUUAAUAUUCUUUGCACAUGAUGAGACUACUGGAAAAUCUGCAGUGAAUGUAAUUGAUGCGAAAACCAUGUCAGCUGAUCCUGUAGCAGUUGUUGACCUACCUAAUCGUGUUCCAUAUGGAUUCCAUGCUUUCUUUGUAACAGAGGAGCAACUCCGUGAACAAGCAAACAUUUGAAGACUGAAGGAACAAGCUGCUAGCUUACGUUGAGCCUGCAACCCUACUAUCAAUCUAUCCUGAAAAGUAUGGUCGAAUUUAACAGACACCUGAUACUAAAAGAUGAUACCAUGCUUUCAUGCACGCCAGUAAGUUCUCUAGUCAGUUACUGUUUUUUCACUUUGAAGCAUUUGGUCUGAAUUUCACAGUGAGGGGUGGGCCUGCCAUGAGUACUUAUUUGAGCUUCAGUCUCUUCUCAAGAGUGGAUUUCAAACUCAAUAGUCAUGUAAAGUAAAUGGAAGGGUCAGCAUGACUGGCUAUAUAUAUGUGUGUGGUAUUUGUUAUUAGAAGUUUAAUCUUCUAGCGUCUCAGUAUAUGAUUCCUCGCAUGUCGACGUGUGAACAUCUAAUAUGUUUGUAGCCCAAGUUAUUUGUUGACAUGAAAAAACAUACAUCAUAGGUUGUAGAUG